UUAAGGAAAACUACGACAGAAAAUUGGAAGCCAUCAACAUGUCGCAGUUCCUCUAUUCUCUAACGCUUGUCUUCGUUUUCCUCACAUCAACAAACAUCCAAAAGACAGCAGCAACUCCAUCAUCCUACUCCGAAAACCACAAAAUGUUCGUGAAAACGGCAUGCAAUUCGACAACAUACCCUGACAAAUGCUACAAGUCUUUAUCCACAUACUCCGCGGCCAUCAAAUCCGACCCGAUCAAGCUAUGCACCACAGCGCUUAAACUCAACGUGAAAUCCGCAAAAGAAGCGACUUCUGUCGUCGCUAAGCUUCUCAAAAAGUCUCAGAAAUCCGCCGCGGGGCGAAAGAUUAAAAUGGCACCAGAGACGCUGAUCCUCAAGGACUGCCUUGAGGAGAUGGAGGACACAAUUGUUGAGCUCAAGCAAGCGAUCACAGAGAUGAAGACUAUACGAGAUGGUGAGUCUAUAUCUGAGCAUAUAACGAACGUUAGGACUUGGGUGAGCUCGGCGUUGACCGACGAAGGGACUUGUACUGAUGGGUUCGAAGAGGUGAAAGUGAAUAAAGAAACUAAGAAGACGGUGACGAAGGUUGUCCAGGAACUUGCAACGACAACUAGUAAUACUUUGGCGCUUCUUACUAAUCUAAGUUACUAGCGUAAAAUUGGAAUAUAUUAAGAUUAUUGUUAAUGAAUUAUUAAGACCCCUUCCAUGUGCAUGUUGUUUUCUUGCUUUUCUUUGAAUAAUAUGUAAAA